AUGUCACUGACCUUCGCAUCCUCAAAACCAGCGCUCGAAGGAACGCUCAGCCUGCCUCCUGCUCCCAUCCAGCAAUCCCGCACAGCUCGUCUUAAGCCAGAGAUUGCGCUUCUUGGCGACGUUUAUGGCAUCGUCCCAAUACUGCCACGCUCUUUGUCUCAUUCGCCGUCCACAGCUCCUCCCCACUCCUCCCUACAACAGCCUAACUCGCGUACAUGGCUCGCCCAUCGCAUCGUCGUGAUCCCAUGCUACCUCACAGUGAACCUAUACUAUUUUGAUGCCCCUCAAUGGCUGUCUGACGCGCAUAUAGGCACGUCGUACCUGCCCUAUGACCAGCGCGUUGCUCGGGGUGUUCCCGCCGGCCUCCCAGCUUGGGCUAUCCCGUCCGCCUUCACUGCACGCCAUGCACCUAUCGCUUCAAGGCCAUCUCGGCGUACUAUAAGCCGCGAGAAUGCUAGAGCAACGAACGCUAGCAAGGACGCGACCUCGGUAUCGACCAGAAUCAAAGAGUCUUUGUCCCCACACGCUCACAAAGCGAUCACUACAAUUGAUCUCACCGGAUCUGAUGUCGACGCUACACCCGUUACCGCUAAACCUGCUCCCCCUCCGCCUUUGAGGACACUCGCUAAGUCAAUGAAGACCAAGGUUGACAAGUUACGUCUCGCGAAGUCCAAGAAGCCUGAGCCAGCCACACCCGACACUAUCAACGCCGCGCUCAAACGCAGGCAGAAGGACACGGCUGUUGCCACCAAGCUCAAGAAUGUUAGACAGAAGAACCACAAAGUCAACUUGGCCGCCUACCUGACGACGGCAAAACCCAAACGUGAUCCCGUAGUACCGCGCCGGCCCAUUGACUGCAACAGGAAGACACUGGCGCGCGAUAUCCUGCGCUCGCUCGGACAACCCAAGGGACUGAGGCUCGGCGCCUCUCCAGAGAACAUUGCCAGUGCGCAGACUCUAUCCGUCUCCUGA